UUUGCCCAUUUGAAGUCUGCCUAAUGUUCUUGUUCUUGUUCGUUACUUGCUACUUGAACUUUUACUUUUCACUUGCUUUUACCAAUACUCUUGCAUCUUCCUUCUGUGCUCCAACUUUAACCCAUCUCGCUCCCAUCUGGGGAUUCGCGCACUAAGAAAAAAGGGCUCCAUAUCUCCUCCCUUCUGCGCACUGCCCCGACAGAUAUCUUCUUACACGACCCGUAGCUUGCGAUAUGAAACAAGCACAAAAGAAGGCACCAUUGUCCGUCACUCCGGUGAACGGAAAGAGUGUGUCGCCGGUCAAGGUGAAAUCUCGAGGUGGGAAUUCCGCUGCUGGCUCGGCAAACAGUGGAAAGGCUGCUGUGACCCAAAUAGUGGCCAAAAACGGAGAAACUUAUGCUUUGAACGACUACGUGUAUUUGGCGCCCGAUAUUCCCAAUGAGCUUUACUACGUCGGCCGUAUCCUCGAGUUCGUCUCGGGGAAAUUACCGGGCAAGCAAACGGUGGCGCGCAUAGGCUGGUUCUACAGACCAAAAGAUGUUCUCCCCGGCGGAAGAGGGAAGAAACAUGACCCUCGAUUACUGUUGGCGAGCAUGCAUUCGGAUAUUAAUCCUAUUUCGAGCAUCCGAGGAAAAUGCAAAGUAGAACACAUAUCUCAUGUUAAGGACAUGGAGCAAUGGCGGGCAGAGGAGGAUUGCUUCUACUAUGAUCAAUUAUACGACCGAUAUACACAUCGAGUGUACGACGUGGUGCCUCUUGAACUCGUCAAAAACCUUCCGAGAGAAGUAUCCCGUGCUCUGAGCGACUACCAAUUCAUUCUCGUUGAAGCUGGCAAAGCCUCGGAUUUUACCGAACGACGAGUGUGCAAUAGCUGCGAUCGAUGGUGCAAUCCCGAUGAAGCUGUCAUCAAGUGCGUGGCGUGCCGUGCUGCCUUCCAUUUGGGUUGUGUGGGGAUCGUAAAGAAACCACCCAAAGGAUAUGCUUGGCAAUGCGCCAAGUGUAAUAAAAAAGCAUCGGAUGCAGCUGAAGAGGAGGAAAAGACAUCUUUGGGAAAGAGCAGAGGCAAGGUUGGGAAGAAGGAAUCUUCUUUACCUUCGCAAUCGAAUGAUAGCGAUUCUGCCAUAUCAUCUGAGGACGAGGAUGUCAAAACUGAAGUGCCAAUGGAGGAGGUAGAGUUACCAUUCAACCGGACCAAAGAUGCCGCCAAGCCUAUGUGGCCGUACAGGUAUUUUGGUGAAUAUGCAAAGUAUAGGGAGAUUUUGGCGGAAGAAGGGCCGGACAGAGGGCAUCCCAAGGCAGCCAGCAGGAUUGGAAAGCAGUUUCAAGCAGAUUUGCCGGAUCUUGAAGCGAAGCCAGACAGCACCAACCUAUCAGCUUCUAGAAUCGGCGGAGAGUACCAAGCCGACAUCCCGGACCUUGAGACUCCUCCAUUCCCGGAGACAGGUCGUCGCACGUCCAGCGGCUCUCGAGUUGGUACCGACUACCAAGCAGACAUACCGCCUCUCGAACUACCACAUCAACCUAAUGUCGUUGAGGAGACUGCCGAUCGCAGGAACGGCGAGCGUCGUCAAACCGAGACUCCCCCACUGGAAGCACCUCUUUCCAGCGCGAAAGGAAAUUCCAAACUCGCGGCACGCGGCAAAGGCAAGCGCAAACUGAAGCUGUUGGAUUCCGACGUCAACGAGGAAUUGGAGAUACCUUCUCGUGGUAGCUCUGCGGAAGUCGUCUUCAAAAUGCCACCGCAUAUGAGCGAGCAGCAGCUGGAUGCAUACAUGGAGCAUAUACAAGAAGAAAUGCCGUCAACUUUGAAAUCAUCCGAUUACCUUAUUGAUCGAGCUUUGGCAGAGUUACAUAAAGCAGAUUACGAUAUCGAAGCGGCAUUGAAAGUUAUGCUUGAAUUGAAGGCGCGCGAUCUAGGUGUCGUGGAUUGGGCAGAAAAUGAAAUUAAGGCUUUUGAAGGCGGAAUUGCCAAGUAUGGACAUGAAUUGCAUUUGGUGCACCGAGAGGUACCAGCAAAGCCGAUGACCGAGGUGGUGGCCUUCUUCUACAAAUGGAAGAAGUCUCGACGAUACGCUGCCGUUUACUCGCAAUUUUGUAAAAAGUAUCGACCAAGUAAGCGAUUCAAAGGUCAAAAGCACGCGAUGGACGGUGCGGCAGACGCCGAAGGUAAUCUCAGUAAUGGGGACCUGAGCGAAGACGACAUGCCCCCAUCACCAACCGGAAAGGGGCGUGUGAAAGAAUGUGCCAAUUGCUGGACAACUGAAUCACAAAGAUGGAAGUAUCGGCAAAAGGAUCUAAAGAAGGAAAUCCUUUGUUUGGCUUGUGGUAUUCAUUAUCUCAAAUAUGGUGUCACGCGAGUUAUCAGUGAUACACAAAAGAGGGCGAAUAGGGAGAGUGCUCCCAAGAAGAUCAUAAAGCGUAAACGUUCCUUUGAUAAUGCGCAAACACCGUCAGAUAGUGAAAGGAAACCGGCCAAGAAGAAGAGCCGAAAAGCAGUCGCAAAAGUGUCCUUACCUGAGAUCACAUUUGUCGAAGAUUUUGUUCCUUCAAGUCCUGAAUCGGAUGCACCGCGUCCAUGUGCUGUCUGCACAGAGUUGUACGAGCCUCCCGGAAACCUUUUGUUGACAUGUUUGGGAUGUAAAUUGCGCGUUCACAAAGAAUGUUACGGUGUGCCUGCGGAACAUAUCGAAACGACUUUUCAAUGCGCCCGAUGUCGCAAUAUACAGCAUCCUGAAUGCUCAGUUCUGUAUAAAUGUGUACUUUGUCCCAUUGUCAAUUCGCCACGCGAAUCAGCGUUGAAAAGGACUAUCGGAAAUAACUGGGCUCAUCUGACCUGUGCGAUCUGGAUGCCGGAAGUAAAGUUUGGAAAUGUUGAAACGGAGGAGCCAGUAGAAUGUAUUGGCUUGAUUGAUAAGAAGCGAUGGAAGCAGCUAUGUUGCAUCUGCAAACAACCCGAAGGAGCUUGCAUUACGUGUUCUGAACGCAACUGCUCUGUAGCGUUUCAUGCGACGUGUGCGCAAUAUGCUGGGUGGGAAAUGACGAUCGAAUCUCUCAAAUUGUCAAAAUCGUCAUCUCAGGUGGAAUUAAAAGCUCUGGCACAUUGUCCCAGGCAUGACCGUCGAAAUGUAUCUUCGUUCCACGGUGAGACAAUCAAAGCUGUUGCCACAGCCGCAGCAACAAGCUCUCUUCACCAACCGGCACCCUCGUCUUUGACACCAUACUACUCCCAUGUACCACCCGAGGAAUUAGAUUACAGCUACAGUCGACCCUUUUUAAUUCGGGAAUUCGUCUUGUCCCAAAAACGAAACACCAAGCCGCUGACAACCAGUGGCCAAAAACGAGCAUAUUCCAUGGCCCUACAAGGGACUUGCCUUUGUCAUGUAUGUUCCGCAGGCGGGUUGCACGAGGAACCAAGCGUCAAAAAUUUGAUAUCGCCCAUCAUAUUGGAAGUCCCUAAACUCGGUGGAAGGAAGGGCUCAAGCGUGUCUCCCACCGCGGCUGAAGCGCCUCGAAGAAAGUCAUCCGGCGCAAUGAGCCAGUCUGUUCAAUCACCGCUCUUGGACACCUUUAUCGAUCAUCCAUCUAUAACAAGAAUUUGCGCGCAAUGUCACAAAACCGUUUCUCCAGCGUGGUGGAAACAAAAAGACAUUGUAGAGCAGAUUCGCGAGGCGGGACACAAUGUGGAUGACCUAUUAAAACCAGAUAAACCAAUGGAACACGCCCCAGUCCCGAUUUCAAACGGUACCCGCAAGAAGCGAAAAUCUCGUGAUGAAGAUGCAGAAGAGCAAGACCAUGCCAAGAAAACUAAAGUAGGGGACGUGAAGGAGGAGGAUGCCAUGUUAUGUCAUGGCUGCAUGUGGGAUCUCAAAGAUCGCGCUGGCAUGAAAUGAGUUGGGGAUCCUGGCGUGGGUAAUGUUGAAGGAAUGUGCCGUAAUGGCUAGGGAAUAUGUGAUUUUUGGGCUCCUGUAUUUUUUUUGCUUUGGCGAUUUUUGAUUUAAGGAAUACAGAAUAUUUAUACAUGA